AUGGACCUACAGCACGAAAGUAGUGUUACGCUUCGAUUUGAGAGGGUCAUCGCAUAUUUUUUGGAUGGAAUUCCCAGGCCCUUUCUCCAAAUUGUUUCAGGUUUGGGCUAUGGUGUGACGUUUGACUUUUGUUCAGUGGGGGUUACACCAGACUACACUGGCCUAACCGAAUCAGCCUACUUUCCCGAGCUUCGAGAAAGUCAGUUGUUUGAUCCCCUGUGCUCACGGUAUUGUAAUUCCUCAACACCUAGUUCGAGGAUUGGAUGCCAUUAUUCGCCAUAUAUUGGGACAUUUCGUUUCAAUGGAAAAGGGGUGUAUUUCAAAAAAGAAGAAUCUGGUUUUAAGCAACGCAUUGUGAGGUUUCCCACUGAAACUUGCGAAGAAAGGGGUACGAUGUCAUCAAAAUCGGAUCGGGAUUUGCGCGCCUCGUUAUUUAUUGAUUUUUAUGAGAAAAUUGCGGAAAAGCAUUUAGUUCAUGACAGAGGAAGUCUAAGACGUAUUGUUAUUUUGGCAACGCAAGGUAUGACUGCAGAAUACAAGAGUGCUGUUGAACAAGUGGUGGCUGAGAUCAAGCGACUUUACAUUAGGGCCUGCGGUCAAUCCAUGUAUCAAUACAUGAAUGAAAAUAUACAAUUUCGUCGAAUUAUAUCAUCAUUAUGCUUAGGUGAGACCGAAAAUUUAUCUGUGACUUCCAAAAAAGUGGUGACAUCUGAGGAUGCUCGUUUUGAACUAGCUUUGCAGUUUAAGUUAUCUGUUACCCUUUUAAAAGAGUCAUUACCAUGGGGCAAGCGAACGCACCAGUUUUUCACACGUCUUCAAGAUUUAUGGGUAAAUAGAUUUGAUAAACUGGCUAUCUUUAAUAUUUCUACGAAUCAAUGGACAACAAGUGCUGAUUCAUUUCUAGCUCAACUUGGAAGCUCAAUGCGGGCGGCGUUUACUCGGAUAAGAGUUGAGUUUUAUACACAGUUAGAAAUGCUUUUGUUUAGCGGAAUUCGGGGAUCAAGACAGUUUAUUUUCCUGGAUUCCCAAAUGCUAAAUGGGAGCGAUCUAAAACGCAUAUUUUUGGCUGUGCGUGUAUUUCUUGUUAAUGGAGUUAGAACUCUUGUUGUUGAAGCAUUGCAGGAUUUGGUACAUUUUUUUACGGGCCUUGGAGAUGAUGUUAUACCAAUUUCAAGGGCACGUAAAACACCGCUGAUCGAGGUUCAGCUUACGGUUAGUGACUCGGGUUUGCCGUGUUCACCUUCUUUUGCCUCGUUGCGUUUUGGUCUUGCUGAUUUGUUGGAUGAGUUGCUUGAUAGUUUUAACAAUCUUCCCACUCCAGAGGCUGUCAUUAUGCGAACUCUUGAUUUUGAGAGGUGUACAUUAAACUCGUUUGAUGCCGAUGAGUUGUCUUUAAAAGGCGUAUUAAUGAAUUCUCUGGAUGCCGCAGGGUCUAGGAUUGAGGAGUUGACAAGAGAAUAUGCCCGUUUUGCAACUUUGCCACCAAUAAAUGGGGCGUACUUUAGUCGUGCCAACGAGACAAGUAUUCAAAAUCAGGUUCAUUUACUUCGUGAAACUAUUGGAAAGAUUGCAAAAACUUCCCCAGAUGUUGUGGUUUCUGGUUGUAUUGCCAUAAAUUGUACAGAGGUGAAAAAAUGGUAUGUGGAACACUGGACAACAUAUUUGGAAAAAUAUUUGGCGGCACUAAAAAGUGAUCUUCUUUCCUACAUUACAACUGCUGUGGAGAACUACCGUUGCCAAAACGCAUGUUUAAAUAAGGAGCCCAAGACCGUUGAAGAGUUAGAAGAAUUUUGCCGGGUUGUUGCUGAGACUGAAAUUCUGUCAAAUAAGGUUAAACAGAAGGAUUGCAAUCAGGUGAUAGGAUGGUUUAAUUGCUUAGAAAUUCUUCAAAUACCGGUGGAAAACCAACUUUAUGCUAUUGCAUUGGAGUUGAUGCGGUGCCCAAAUGAGUUGAUGCAGCUAGCUUCAGAAUCGCUUGAAAUAUGUACAAAAAGCAAGCCAUUUAUCAUAGAAAAAUUAGGCGAAUUUAGAAACAGUAUACGAAGAUACGUGCAAAUGAUAAGCGAUGGAGUAGAUGAGCUCCUGAGUUUAUUUAACCUUGACGUAUGCGAUAUCGCCGCUCAAACAUGCGAAGAACUUCGGGUUAUUGUUGAUAAAGUUCUAAAGGGAAUUGAACACAUAAAAUAUUGUGAGAAAGCACUGGAAAUUGAAAGCGUGGAUUCUUUUGAAGAUUUUUUCCCUAUAUUACGCAUUUUUGACGUAUUAGAACAAUUUUGGGAUGCCGUUUUUGAAUCAACUGCAGUUCGAGAAUAUUACAACCAACCCAUCAAUAUGUUGAAUGCCACAAAAAUGAUUGACUAUGUCCAGCGUUGUCGACGUCUUCUUCACAGUUCUACGCGUGGUCUUCGGGCCUAUCCAGGAUUGGUGCGGCUUGGUCGUCAACAAGAGCACGUAUUAGCUGAGUUUGAAUCUCUGGAAGGGAUUCUCAUAUGUAUUACAGCACCAGGACUUCGCAAAAAUCACUGGAAAGAAAUCUCACGUAUUAUUGGAAAGGAUGUAAAUACUAAAAUACAAAUAGACUCUAGUUCUCCGUUGCAGUUAAUACUAGAAUCUAGGAUUCAAUCCCACUUUGAUGAAUUGAAGCAAAUAGUGGAUCCAGCUACCGUUGAUUUUGAAACCGAAGCCUCUUUGGAGCGAAUGAAAAGUGAAGCAAAAAGGACCCGCUUUGUCUUUAAUGUGAUUGAAGGAACAGAGGGUGUUUUUGCUUUAUCUCCUUUAUGCAGAGAUUCUAUAUCUUCUCAAUUAGAAACCUUUCUACUUGAUUUAAGAAUGCUACGUCAGCAGGUUUCUGUAAGCCAAUAUGUGGUUAAUUCUAUCAAUGAAUGGGAGUUAGCCGUUGAAAGAAUGCGAACCACGUUAUCUAAUUGGACUGAAAUUGAAUAUGAAUGGCUGGAAGCAAUGUAUUUUGGCAUGACGCUGGAUGCGAUAGCAGAAGGUGAGACCCCUGCCCUUGGAGGACGCGAAUGGAAAUUUUUGCAUGAGAAGAUAGGCUCAGUAAAUGGUAUUUUCAGUGUUUUGUCGACGGCUUUGCAGAAAACUCAAUAUACCCUUUUUACCGCCAUGAUACAAGAGAAUAUCCAGGAACAACUUACUUUGGCGUCUACUAUUUUGAGUGAUAUUCGAAAAGUAGUUAUGGGUUUAUUAGAUGCAAAGCGAGAGUCUUUUCCUAGGUUCUAUUUUCUCAGUGACGGAGAGCUGAGUUCUUUUGUUUCCGUGCUUGAUAACACACGACUGACGCAAUUACUUUCAAAAAUGUACAGUCGUGUUUGUGAUGUUGGAGUUGAGAGAAAUGCAGUGACUACAUUCAUCACAGCAGAUGGUGCCAUACUUAAGGCGGAAGAGCCAAUUAAGUUAUCUGCCAUUCCUAUUGAUCGAUGGAUGAAGACAUUUGAAGCGACCCUGCGUUCCUCCUUACUCCACGAAUUACAGGCGUGUGUCGAAAGCCACUAUCAUGUCGACGCCAUGAAUUGGUUGCGUGGUUCUUGUGUACAAAUAGCCCAUCUGGCUCUUCGCAUUAUUCAUAACCGAGAUUUACUUGAGGCUUUAUCGCUUGCAGGUGGUAUGGGUGUUAGUUCGUAUGCGACACGCUUAAAGGAUCUUAUGGAAGAGUAUUUACGACUCGCAGCCGCACCCAUGGAAAGUGGUGAACGGAAGCUUGUUUCUAGUGUCAUUACCUUCUUUUUAUGUUCCAGACGAGAAGUUCAAUUGGCCAUAAAAGCAGGUAUUCAGACAAAGGAGGAUCUUAACAAAACUGCCAUGAUACACACCUUCAUGGAAAAUGAUAAAAUUUAUGUUGAAACUUUAGGUUUUCGACUCCCGUAUGGCAUGGAGUUUUUGGGGAACUACACGAUCCCUGUGUUAGCCCCAGAAUACAUUGAACGCGGACUGUACUCUGUUUUCGUGUCGUUUGCAGCUUCAUCUGUGCCGAUUAUCAUUGGGGCACCGGCACGGGCCCCGUCGUCUCAAUAUUGUGCCGAAUUCUUGGGUCGUUUUUGGUGGUGUCUUCAGUGCCAUCCGACGCUUACGUUGGAAGGGAUCCUGCAGGGUUUACGUGGGGCCUUGGGUGUGGGUGCCAUAUUUUGUCUAAAAGACAUUGACCUUCUUGCGAGACACCUUGUUUUUCCCAUUACUAAUCUACUUCGGAGCAUUGAGGCUGCAUCUCAGUUGGAAAAGCGGCCGAGCGAUGGAGGCUUUGACAAAAUUGCACUUGAAGCGGAUGGCACAACGAAGUACGUCCAAAAAGACCCCUGCUUUCAGAUGGUUCUUACAACGACGACCAUAGAUAAAAUCCCGACGAGUCUUUCCCUCACAUUUCGCCCUAUCCACGUGAUACCCGUAGACCUCACUGUGGUUACCCAACUUUCACUUUAUGUGCUUGGAGUUUCAAAGUGGAUGACGCUAGGUCAAGGACUGGCCUUGAUGUACGCGCAACUUAUUGAGUUUUCUCCUACAAUCUUUACCACCAGCAAUUUACUUGCCGUAACACGUGCUGCCAUGGAGCUUAGCAAAGGAGCAGUUAUUGUACGAUUUUGUAUAUCAUUUUUACACCAAUUUUGGCAGGCAAUUGAGUCCAAUGAACCUUUACAAAAGCUGGUGGAGUGGAACAUGCUGCAUACGCUUGGUGUUUCACAGGAUUCAUGGGUCGAUGCAUUGGUUCAAGUGGAAGCAGCCUCAGGAUUUGAGGCUCUACUGGAUCGCUUUACCCGCUUCAUGACAGUGAAUCCUAACGUCGUGCUAGUAGGACCAGACUACUCUGGUAAGACACGACUUUGGAGGCGUUGGGUCGGUGAUUUACACCACGCUGUCAUUUCCUUUCGCUUGGUGAAUUGCACGGAAAUUUACGGUGAUGCGUGUCGGCCCGGGUUGCUUAGCGCCAUAGCCAAACAUUGGGACCCGUUGGUAACGCAUGCUGUCGUUAUCGAGGAUGCAGAUUUUUCACAGGUGUCUAUUGUCUUUGAUGCUCCGGCUUUUGCGCGAGUGCGGCCGUAUUCGGGGCCAGAUUUUAUAAAAGGCCCCGCGGCGCGCCUCAUUGCGGUGACGCCAGAACUUAACACAGCCAACCCUCGUGUGAUCGCCGAUUUCUCCCUUUUUGCUGUGCCAGCGCCAACGCGUUGGAAGACGUUCUUUAGGGAGCUUCUUGCCACCCCGCCAAGCUAUCAUGCGGGUGUGGCAUAUGCUGUUAUGAUAACUCUGAUUGACUACAUCCUUGAUACGCGUCACACGGUUAAGCGGGCGCCGGUGUCGUAUGAAAAUCUCUUUGCUGUGGCUUCCAGGUGCUCCCAGCUGUAUAAAAAGUGGUACUCGUAUGCCAAGUCACGUUGCGUGAGCCGCGAGGAAUGGAUUACGGAUCGGGCUUUCGCACUGCAGUGUGCUGUUUUUGCGGUCUGCUGGUCCCUCGGGUGGCGCCUACCUGCGGAGGAGCGUCAGGUGCUACAAACCGUCCUUGAAAAGUCCCAGUUGAAGCUAAGCAGAGUAGCCAAGGAGAUUGGUUUCACGGAAGAUGUGUUGCCACCACUGGAGGAUGAUGUUUUGCUUUACAUUGCGACGCCCGUUGGCUGGCGAAAGAUAGAUAACGCGGCAACAACCACGGCCGAGGCUGGAUUUGCGCCCAUGUGGACGCGGAAAUGGGAUGGCGUGGGUACUUACCAGCGUACAUGGUCGCAGUUUUUUCCAUUUCCCUCGCGCGAGACAACCCUGACCGCGUUGGAGUAUUUGAUUGACGCCGGCCAGUCGGUGUUAAUUGUCGGAGGCCAGGGGCAGGGUAAGUCGGCUAUACUGCGUCAAAUGGGAAGUAACCGGUGGUGGGUGCAUCAGCUUGUCUGUAACAGCACCGCAUGCAGGCCGCUUGAGAUUACGGAGGCUUUGCAAUGCAGGAUGACUUUGCGUCAGUCCAAGAGUUAUGGACCCUCCAUUGGACGAAAGCUGGUUCUCUGUGUCGACGAUGUAAGUCUAGCUGGGAAAAAUAGCUCCUCACCGGUGAUGCAUCUCUUUUCCUUCAUUAAUCGCUUUUCUGCGAUUUGCACACUUUCGCGUGGGUAUAUUCCCAUCGACGAUCUUGUCUGUGUAGGGACGGCGGCGCCAGACGCCUCCUUCGACGUGGCGGUGGAGAACGCCGUGGUGCAACUGCGACUACCGGAGCUCGAGGAUGCCGAGGUUGUGGGGGCGGUGGAAAAGCUUUUUGAGGCCGUCUGCGCGGAGAGGCGCGGGGUGACUGUUUCCACCGACAUCAGUGCAUUUCUUGCCGCCGCCCAGUUGACUGCCAUACGGCUGAUGCCCACGGAGCUGGGGGGUGCGCAGGCAAGCGAGGGCGGCGUUGUCGCCUUGCCGAUGCACCAAGGCGAGGAGGGCGUGCCUCAGCAGCAGGCGUGCGACAGCAGUUUUGCGUUUAAUUUGACCAACAAGGCCCGCACCUCGUACUUGCACCUAUUCCUCAAAAUAUCUGACCGAGCCCUGCGCUUUCUUGCCAACUCCUGGGAUGACCCCGGGACGGCAAAGAUCAUCCUUAACGCCGUGUAUGCCUUUUACGCAAACAUGAUUGACGACAACGAGCGACAGCGGGGGUUUGAGUCGGAGCUAACGGAACUGGCUAGCACCCGCUUGAAAAAUUGCUUUGGGAACGAACGAGUCUCCCUCGGUGUCUUGCAGGAGGAGACUGCGGUGGAGGAGAAGGAGGGGGGGACGGAUCUGCCGCCCUGCACCAGCGGGGUGGUGCAAGAGUGGCUGCGGGCGUACGAAGAGGCCCUGCAGUCCAACGCCAUUGAGGAGCCGCCUAACGUCGACACGGGCGGAAUUAUUCUCUUUUCUCCACCUUCCUUGCUCCAGCGGAGGAUGCCCGCAAAUCUUCCGGGCAUACUGGUGGCUCCACGUCUCUCGCACGCCAAUUACACCUCACAGUGGACCUCAAGGUUAAUAUCGGCCCUGCAUCAGUACCUGCGACAGCAGCAGACGCACGUGGCGCUUGUUGGAAGGUACGAUAAUGGCAUCCGCCGCGCCCUGCGUGUGUGGGGUUCGUCGGUGCGCACCCACGUCGCAUUUCUUCGUGAUAACUACGCCAACGAUGACGCGGAUGGGCGGUUCAAGAAGGAUCUCAUGGAAAUCAUCCAACACAUCUGCAGAAAUGAGGGCAGGUUGGUUGUGUUUGUGCCGAACUGCGUCUUGGGGCUCGCGUGGCCGAUGGGUUCGCUGGACGCCAUCGUGCGGAGCGGUGACGUCACGCAGCUCUUUACGUUGGAGGGUCUAUUGUUCCUCCUGCACGGCAGGCGGGGUGUGCGGCGGGGCUCCGGUGGACUAACACCGGCCGAGUAUUCUGAGCUCACGCAGCGCAUCUGCAAACGGCUGUGUAUUGUGACGCACAUACUGAGUUACGGAGAGCUGAAGCGCCUCGGCGACACGAUUCCCCUAAUUUCCUCUAUGAUUCCCGUCUCCUUGCGGGCGCCGGAAAUGCUGUGGGGGCUCGUGCACGCCCUCUUGCAAACGGAGGAGGCGAAUCGUCAGGUGAUGUACGAGGCUGUGGUGCAGGGCGGCAAUCUUGGUCGCACCGUCCAGCCGCUGCCGCUGGGCCCGCUGGAGUUGGCCGGGCGGCCGCUGACGCAGCUGCUCUGCGACGUCUUUGAUGUCAUGAAGACGGAGCUCAGCCUGGGCGUGGAGCAGCUGCUGGAGUUUGGGUUCCAGACGCAGCGGCUGCGCUACUUCCUCGAGCGCCUCCGACGCGAGUCUGCCCAGUCGCGGCACAUCACCGAACUGCCCACCGCCAUCCGUGCCAAGAUGCGGGAGUACAAGGAAAACAUUGAGCAGAAGUCGGAGUCGGUGAAGGCGGCGAUUCAGCGGCAGAUCAAGAAGCUUCGCGCCCGCGCCAAGAGCGAGGAGGAGCGCAUGCUGCGUCAUCAAAACGCGGCCGCCCAUUUUCGCCACGAGGCCGAGCAGAUCGGGGCGCUUAUCAUGCGGGAGGAGGGAGGCAUUCAAACCCAAACAGGGAACAUGACCUCGACGCUCACCACAAUGGGGUCUCGCCUAGCCGCCGUGAAGGUUUCCCAGAUUAAGCAGUUUGCCAAGCUGCCACACCCGCCAAAAGGCCUGCUGCUGAUGCGGGCGGUUUGCAAGGUUAUUGGUGAGGAACUGCGUGCGACGAGUGGAAAGGGAAUGUGGGAGCUCGGCAAGGCCAUCGUCACCUCCCCAAAGUUCAUUCCGAGGUUGCUGGCGGUGGCGCCUGGCACGAUGAAGUAUGAGACCUUCGCACAGCUGCAUACAUCCCUGCGGGAGGUGCGUUAUGCUGAAAUUUCUCCGUUUGCCGGCGCGAUUGCGGAUUACCUUCUGGCUCUCAUGGAGUCGACGCGCCUUGGCGAGAUGGUGAAGGAGACAAAUAGGAGGCUGGGGGAGAUGCGUCUGGACUACUCCGACUCCCUCAGCAAAGCAGACGCGGCGGAGCGGCGGGCGCAGCGGACCUCGGCAAGGCUAGAGGACGACCGUGCGGAGGUGACUCGUCUGCUGAGGCGCUCGGAGGACAUGGAUGCGAUGAAGAACGAUGGCAUUCGGCGUCAACACGCCCUCGGACAGCUCUACGACAUCGUGGAUGGGUUCAGUGCCUUCCACUCCCCGGAGGAAACAGCCGCGCGAGAGACAUUUGCCGAAAAGGGAGAGGGCUCUGUCAUCAUGGUUGCCGCCCAUCGUGCCUUUUUCGCCAUGCUCCCAAUGGAGCAGCAGACACGACGAUUUCGUCAGCUGCAGUCCCUCCUGAGUGCCUGGGGCAUCGCGGCCCCCACCGACCUUGAGGAUCCUAUGGUAGCCUUGCUGUUCCGCAGCAUAAACGACAUCACCGAUGACGCGCUAGUGUCGACGUGUUCUACCAGUGAACGGCUCUGCGUGGGCACGCUACUGCAAAGGGUGUAUUUUCGCUGGCCCUUCUUUGCCGGGGUGAGUCCGACGUUUGAGAGUGUGUUGCAGCACUACCUUAAAAUUAUGUGCGGUGGAUGCGUCGUGACGUCGGCGCUAAGCAAGGACUUUACGAAACAGUUGCUGGAGGCGGCAACGCAGGGCGAUGGAUUGUUGAUCUGUGACGCCUCUGCGUCCUUUGUGCUGCAUGAGCUGCGCCCCCUGCUGGCGCUUCAGCCAACCCUGCGGGAGGCGAUGGUACACAAGCAGCUGGCAAGGGUCUCUCUCUACGGCGAAAACGUGGAGGUGAAGUCGUCCUUUUACGUAGUGUGCGUCUCCCCGGCCACGGUGGCGUGUGACAGGCAGGGCAAUCUGGUGGCGCGCUUCAUGAGCAUCACGAACUUCUUCCUCACCCCCGACGUGGGCAACCUGGUGCAGACGACGCUGCUGCAGAGUCCGCUCACCCGAAACGCGGUGGAGGAGAAAUACUUUGGGAGCACGCCCGGCGAUGACGAACACCCCAUCGAGGCCUUCAGUGAAGCCUUGCACGAGGCGAGUGCGCUGCUCUGCGAGGACCUUGACUUUCUAACAGGCGACGGCAGAAGUAAGAUUGAACGCCUUGGUGUGCUUGUCAAGGACCUAAACGGCUACCACGUGCGGGUGCUGCGUGCAGAAUCACACCACCAAACGAGGAAGAAGCGACUGCAGGAGUCAUGGAGGAGUAUUAGGCAAGCCAUCUGCUCCGUCGAGCGCUCGCUGAGCGUGAUUGAGGCGGGAAUUCUCGGCAGGCGCUGGGAAGCGCGUAAACUGGAGCCCUUUAUUCUAAGCGCAUCGGAGCUAAUGCGACCCUAUCAGUCACGCAUCGCACCCAACUCCUUUGAGAUGCUUGCCGAGUCGCACAAGGAGUUCUACGCUACGGUCAAUUUUCUGGAUAGGGUGGUGCAGGUGCUGGGAGGCGGCUGGCCGUGCGAGUUUCGUGGAAUUUUCGCUUGGUAUGUCCUCUCAGGUGUGAUCGUUCACUGCGAUUUUCUUCUGCGGCUGCGUGGGCAGUUAUACUCCCCGCUGACCACUCUGCUCAACGCGGAGCAGUACAAGGUUCUGCAUUGCCUGUUGGACCGCGGCAACAGGGUCGUGGAUGAAGCGUACGUGCGUGACGCGUACGCGGCGUCCUCUGACGCCCUGCUCAAAGGCGUCGUCAGCGAUCUUGCGUCCUUCACCGGCGACCUUGCGGAUUUUCGUUUGUGGGCCGGGGGCGACGGGACGCGCGGGGGGGAGGAGAUGGUUCGCCAUUUCUUCUACUGCUGGGCGAAGUUAAACUACACGUCAUGCGACUUGGUCGCCUCGCGCCUUUACAACGCCUUUCUCUUCGCCGUCAAGGAGCAGAGUAGUGAGGGGGAGAGUGAGGUGAGUACGUUGUACGACUACGUGGGGAACGUGCCCGCGGCGGUGCACUCCCCCGGGGAGUGGCUGCGGUUCAGCCUCGGCGCCUGCCUGCCACUCUGCCUGGUCUCGACGAGUGUGCAGCACAUCACCGGGCACUACGAGCGCUACUUCAAGGCGGCGAAGUUGUCCUGCCACCACUGCCGUGUUUCGACGCCGGAGGACGUGGAUCAGCUGAUGGAGACGGUCUCCGUCUGCUUCCGCACCCGUCCAGCGGAUCAGGGGCACUGCGUCAUGGCCGUCUUGGCAGUCCCUGAGGCCGCCUCCGAGCAGGCGGCGUUCAUCCAGGCCCUCUCCACAUAUCUCUCACGCUACUGCCGCUACGGCGUUUGGGACGCGGUACGGAGCGGAACUGCGGAGCGUUUCCCAGUGCUUCUUUCUCUUGUCUUGUGGGGCUCUCCAAGCUGUGAAAAGGACCUGUACGGCGCAAUGAGGCACAAUAAUGCGUGUGCGCAGAUGCUGGAGGAGUGGUGUCUCACGCUGAUGCACGAAGCAUCCUUUGUUCGCUUCUAUCUACUUUCCCUGCUGCAGGACGAAGGGGUUUUCCCGCCGUGGCAUCGGGAGGGCACGACAUUGAUGCUUGAACGACCUGCUUCUUCCUCUGCCAGCGAAAAAAAGAGGAACUCCUCUGGGCGGGGCGGUAGUCGCGCGCCAGCGUGCGCUAAAAUGUCAAACGUCAUUGAACUGCAUACGGGCCUUGUUAGUGGACAGAUUGUGCUGCGCAGUUUGUGGCAGAAGAGCGCCUGUGGUGCUACCCUCCCCCCACUGUGGCACGCAACCGUUGACCGUGACGACCUCACGCUGCUCCUCCGCGUUAUGGCGAAGUGGGUGAGAAACGAAAGAGCCAUGGGGGUUGACAUACGAAGGCGACGGUCGCUUCGAUUGCUAGGUCGGCGGGAUUCCAAACCCUCUACCGCGGACACUGUUUACUCCGGCUUGUCGCGAUCGCCACAGGCCCUGCUAGAGAACGCGUUUAACAAGUUGGCGUUUGCGAUCUAUGCGGCUCGUAUGACCACCUCCAGGUUUCGCACAUGUGUGGUUGAGCUGCUGCGUCAGCGAGCAUCCUUGAUCGCGACUGAGGGAGGCUCUGGCAGGGAGGGAAGAAGCCUAAGCCUCAGUGUUGCCAUUGAAGAGGCCUCCAAGGCCGGAACCUCAGAGACGGGCUUCCUUGCCGAACUUCGACAUUCAGACGAUGACUUCCAUGUGCUCUGCGGGGACGAGCCGGCUUCAUUGGCGUACCGCGACCUGAUGGAUGCCGCGCUGCAGAGACUCCUUUACGGCACCAGUGGCCCACCUGCGUUGGUCAAGGCGGAGAGCAGCGAGGAGUUGGCCCCGGCCACGGCGGAGCCAACGACGUCGGCCGAAGACUCUGAGCAGGCCCCGCGGGGGGAGAUCAUGCAGCUGCUCUUUCUCUGGGAAAAGGGUCACAUGCAGGAGCUUCUCUCGGGGCUUAAGAAGAGGCAGGGUCAGAGUGCCGCGGUGUCUCGUGUGCAGGCGGCGAUGCGGCAGCUAAGCAGUUGGGUGCCGGGAGAGACACUCACCGUGUGGUUACCCGCUCUGCAACAUCCACGGCUGCUCCUUCACGCCUUUGCGUCGCGGGCACUGAGUAGAAGGGCAGAUGAUAUCAGCAGCGUUGAAAUGGUGUUGGUGUUGGCAAGGCGGUUUAGUCUCUUACACGACGACAUUAUUCUCGCCGGUGCGGCACCUUCGGAGCAGCUGGAGGAGGAGGUGCUCUUUCGCACAGACUGGGACGCAGCCCAGAUGGCAUGGAGAAAAGGCGCCGACGCAGCGGAGCAGGAGGAGGACAUCGUCUUGGCUGUGAGGUUUCAAAAGAGUUUAAGUGGCGGCGCAGCGGAGGCGCCCCUUGACGUGCUGUGGGAGGUGCUGCCAGGCGAGAAGAAAAUAUAUGGGCUUUCGCCGGUGGUCAGUCGCGGCAGCGGCGCCUUUCUGACGGAGACGUCGAUGGGGAGCCCCUACAAGUUGCUGGAGGUGCGGUCCACCUGCCCCAUGCCUGUGGUCUGCGCGUCUGCUGCCCCAACGGCGGCAACGGCGGGUGCGGGUGAGGUGGAGUGGGCUCUCCUCUUUGACAUGCCGCUGCACGUCAUCUGGCUGGGGAGCGACAGCCCGUCGAGGCGGCAAAAGUCAGUGGUGGGGGCGGCGGGGCAAUCGACGCCGGGGACGGAGUUUUCGUCGACGCGGGCCUCGAGGAGGUCCAUGGGGGAAGCGCCUUCGCCGUCUACUUUCGUCAACAGUUUGAGCUUUUUUGUGACGAUUUCGUAG